GCUGACGUCACGAUCGGCUCCUAUAAAAGACGGACUCUCUCCCGCAGUGAACGCCACAACCCCCCCGGACGCACGCCAGACGCCGGACGACGCCAUGAUGACUUCCGUCGGCUACGACCCUUACUUCCCCUCUCCCUACAAGAGGAGGGUGACGGCGCGCGGCGCGGCAAGCGGGCACGACGUCGGCGCGCCGGGACUGGGAUUCAAACCCUCCUACUGCUCCGCCGGUUCCUACGCGUCGUCCCGCAGAAGCUACCCAGCCUACUCCUCCGCCGAGCUCCGCCUGGACCAGGCCGCCCAGGUCGGCGGCGAGUUCAAGGCGCUGAGGACCCAGGAGAAGGCGGAGCUGCAGGGCCUGAACGACCGCUUCGCCAACUUCAUCGACCGCGUCCAGAAGAAGGAGGAGAGGAGGAAGAAGGAGGAGAGGAAGAAGGAGGAGAGGAAGAAGGAGGAGAGGAAGAAGGAGGAGAGGAAGAAGGAGGAGAGGAAGAAGGAGGAGAGGAAGAAGGAGGAGAGGAAGAAGGAGGAGAGGAAGAAGGAGGAGAGGAAGAAGGAGGAGAGGAAGAAGGAGGAGAGGAAGAAGGAGGAGAGGAAGAAGGAGGAGAGGAAGAAGGAGGAGAGGAAGAAGGAGGAGAGGAAGAAGGAGGAGAGGAAGAAGGAGGAGAGGAAGAAGGAGGAGAGGAAGAAGGAGGAGAGGAAGAAGGAGGAG